AUGGCAUCCGCACGCAGUCAAUCUCGUGGAAGGACUGACCAGCAGGGGGCAAGGAGAAGAUCAACAUCAAGAUCAACAUCGCGUCCCGCAUCCCAGUUGUACAGAGUCUUUAUACCACAGUUUGACACAGUAGCCAACGACCCUCUAGACCCCGGCAAGCGAUAUCACGACGGUAUCUUCGUUGAAACGAACCAGCAGACGGGUGAAGGAAAGCUAUAUCAUGUCACCGGCGACAUCAUCUCCAAAUUCGGUAUGAAGUUCGCGGUGAAGGAUAAUCAUAUUCCUCAUCGGUCUGCGCGUUUUUUUGGAAUUACAGAAAUUGGAACAAUUCCCGAAUCCAGCUUGGGGAGAGUAUAUGGUAUUUUGGACACUGUACCCAAGCCUACCAAACAGCAAGGACUCGACUUUUGGAACAAGUAUGAAGGUGAUACUCCAUAUAUUUGGGUUAGGGAAGAUGGGGAACGUUACGGGCCAACCGAACAGCGACGGCCAAUCAGAAAAUGUAAUGAAUGGACAAAGGAUGCGAAAAAGAAGUUGGUAGACACUGGCAUUUUGAAACUGAAAAAAUAG